AUGACAGACGAUGAAAGUGACAUGACGAGUCAGCAAACUGACAUAGAAACCCGAGUAAAGGAAUACUACGCUGAACAUGAAAACUCUGUUCUGCCAGUGUGUUUGUCGCGUCAAAAACUUCAUAAGACGAUCCUUGGCCUGCGGAAGGGAUGCGCCCCAGGAAAGGACGGCAUAACCGCGGAACAGCUAGCGUUCGGCUGUUCCGCUCUUCUGGUUAAUCACCUAGCGGCACUAUAUACCGCAAUCCUAUCGAGGCAUAUUGUCCCGACGUGUUUCAGAACUGGGAUUAUUAUCCCGCUACUGAAAAAGCCAACGUUAAACCCGAACUCACCGAACAGCUAUCGGCCGAUAACUCUUGGAUCUACUUUUGCGAAGUUAGCUGAGUUGCUUGUGACACCUCGCGAUUUUGAUUGA